ACGUGUAGAAAGAUGAAUAAUGGAGUUUUACCUUCAUCUGCAGAUUGUGAUAAGUGCUGGCAAUGGGCAUUCAGAUGGCCAUCAUCUUUCAAGCAUGAAAGAAAGGAGGAAGCUUGUAUUCCAAAAGAUGUGCCAAAGGGUCAUUUGGUGGUGUAUGUGGGUGAUAACCAGAGAAGGUUUGUGAUCAAGGUGAAGUUACUAAAACACCCUCUAUUCAGUGCAUUGCUGGAUGAAACUCGAGAAGAGUACGCAUUCACUGCUGAUUCCAGACUCCAUAUAACCUGUGAUGAGGACAUCUUUCUUGGUGUAGUCCGGUGUGCCAUGACCUCCCGUGAUCGAAGAACCAUGUGGUGUUUUUGAGUCAAUAAUUGUUCCUGCACGGAUUAAUUGUGUAAAGAGAUGACUUGUUAUUGUGUCCAACUGGCUGACAUAUUAACUUCCAUUUUCCCAUGUUGCAACCUUCAAUCGCGAUUUUGAGAUGCAAAAUAAU